CAGUUGUAGGGGUUAGAUUGUUGCUUGAUACGCGCUAUCGCAACGACAGUUUUUAAAUACCAUUUUAAUUAUUGAAUAAUAAUAAUUGUAUCUAUAAAUCGUGCUACCAUAAAUUUAGAUAAGUGUUUUGUAAAUUAUUUAUAAGUGUAAUAAGUGGUCUUCGCGUUGCCUGCGACUCUUCCUUGGUAAAAUCGCUGAAGUGUAAAGAGACAAAAUGAACGGCUUAAACGGUCACACAAACGGCGAGUUGAAUGGCGCCGGCGACAUCAUCACACAGAACCAACAGCGCGGCUGGUGGACCAUCGGCCUCAUCAACUCGCGAUACCGGUACCUCACCGCGGAGACCUUUGGCUUCAAGAUAAACGCCAACGGCACCAGCUUAAAGAAGAAACAGAUUUGGACCUUGGAGCCAGCCUCUGGGAGCGCUAACGACAGUAUGAUCUACCUUCGCUCCCACCUGGACAAGUACCUCGCCGUGGACUCAUUCGGCAAUGUCACCUGUGAAGCUGAUGAGAAGGAGCCCGGCAGCAAGUUUCAAAUCAGUGUUUCUGACGAUGCGUCGGGUCGUUGGGCGUUGCGCAACGUGGAGAGAGGCUAUUUUCUCGGCUCCAGUUCAGACAAGUUGACCUGCACUGCGAAGGUUCCAGGUGAUGCAGAACUUUGGCACGUACAUUUGGCUGCCAGACCACAGGUGAACCUGCGGUCGAUCGGCCGUAAGCGAUUCGCUCAUUUGUCCGAAAGCCUAGACGAGAUUCACGUCGACGCCAAUGUUCCAUGGGGUGAAGACACUCUCUUCACAUUGGAAUUCCGCGCUGAUGAGGGUGGCAAGUAUGCCUUGCACACCUGCAACAACAAGUACCUUAGCGCACCUGGAAAGUUGCUGGACUCGUGCAGCGCGUCGUGCCUGUUCAGCGCAGAGUAUCACGCGGGAGCGCUGGCACUCCGAGACGCCGAGGGGGCUUACUUGGCGCCCAUCGGGUCCAAGGCCGUGCUUAAGACGCGCUCUACUGCCGUCACCCGCGAUGAGCUCUUCUCACUCGAAGACAGCCUGCCGCAGGCCGCAUUCGUGGCUGCUCUCAACGACAAAUAUGUGUCAGUUAAACAAGGCGUCGACGUGACGGCUAACCAAGACGAGAUUUCCUCGCACGAGACCUUCCAGCUGGAGUUCGAUUGGGCGACGAAGCGCUGGUACAUCCGAACUAUGCAGGACCGCUACUGGACUCUCGAGACCGGAGGCGGCAUACAGGCCAGCGGAGACAACAAGUCUUCGAACGCGCUCUUCGAGCUGGAGUGGCAAGGAGGGGGCUCCGUGGCCUUCCGCGCCAACAACGGCAAGUACAUCACGACCAAGAGAUCGGGGCAUCUCUACGCCAACACGGAUACCGUCGAAGACAACUGCAAAUAUUACUUCUACCUCAUCAACAGGCCGAUCCUGGUGCUGAAGUGCGAGCAAGGCUUCGUGGGUCCGAAGGGAGUGCGCAUGGAGUGCAACAAAGCCAACUACGAGACCAUUCAAGUGGUGCGGGGACCCAAGGGAGCGGUCUACUUCAAAGGAUCUAACAACAAGUACUGGCACGCGGACAGCGAGGCCGUUACUUGCGAUGCUGACGCUCCACAGGGCUUCCACCUGGAGCUGCGCGAGCCUACCCGUUUGGCGAUCCGGUCCGCGGAAGACGGGCGCUACCUGGCGGCCGUCAAGAACGGCAACUUCCGCCUCGCCUCCGCCGACCUCUCCUCCGCCACGCAGUGGGAGUACUAAGCGCCCGUCUCGACUCCCGGCCCCCGUCGGGGGAUCGCGAUGGAUCCUCUCGCGGGAGCAACGAAACCUUAUAUUCUUGGAAGUGUUUUUAUUCUUUGUCGAUACUCAAAAACUGCGUGUAAAAUAAAAAUAUUAAUUAACGUUAUCAAACGUCGGUUUAACGCGAGACCGUUCGCGACGAACGAAUCUAUCGCCGCAGAACACUCUUCCCAUAGCUAUUUAAACCUAAAUUAUUGAAUAUUACGUUAACGCGAGGCGCGAAACUGAAUUUAGUUUCGAAGUCCGGGUGCGGCCGAACGAGCCAAUCGCUGAUUUGCAAAACAAUCCGCUGUAUCUGGGGAAGUCAAAAGUGAAACGGGAAUGGCGGCGAUGCGGGAGGCAUCGCCGUUUCGCAUUUCUCUAACGAGUAAACUGAGCGCCUCUGCCGGAUACAUUUAGUAUGAUUAAGGUGUAUUUAUCGCAGAUUUGCGAAUGUGAUCGUAAGGAAAUAUCGCUUGUCUAAUUUUAUUAUUAUAAUUAUAGAAUAUUUUAUCGCUAGAUCUGCCUUCGGGAUCGCUUACGAAUUAUUUUUGUUACGGGACGCUUAAUUUAUAUUUGUGAAUUCGGGAUCACGCAUUCGAGAGUGGGCCCUCGUCUAUCGGACGGUCCGAGCUGCUCCGACGCACGAAGUCUGUCGUGACGUGUGUAAUUAGUUAAGUUAACGUAAGCGACCGCUCCGAAAGGAGAGGAGAGGUGCAUUCCAAAAUUUUUUCACAACUGAUAAAAUAAUCAGCUGCGAGACUUUAUGGAAUCUGAAUAUACGAUGUGAAUUACACUGAUCCUACAUUUAAAAUAUUUGUACGAUAAUGUCUUUUGUAAACUAUUAAGUGAAUAAUAAAUUAUAAUCAUUUUG